UUUUUUGAUAGCAAUUUCUUUGCACUUGUCAAUGGAGAACCAAAUCAUAAGCAAUCGAUAUAUCAGACUCAACCAACUGCAUACUCUACUUAAGCGUCUAUUUGUAGCGGGGUACGAGGUAGAUGAGAGAGCGGAGCAUUAUCAUCUUUCUAUUCCACGUAAACUAACAGAGGAGGAAAUCGAGUCCGUUUCUGAUCAUACACGCUAAGAGUUAGCAAGCGCUCUUAGAUCUCUAUAUCUUGCAUUCCUCUCAAAGUCUUCACUUCACGCUUCACUCAUGGCUUCAGCAAGUCUCAGCCUUGUGCUUGACCCUCCAUCUUCCAUUGACGAGACUCCACCGCAGACGUGCACCACAGAAGCCGAGCAUUACGAUUUCAUAUCUCUCCUUGGCCUCGCACAGAAAUGGGAUGUAUCAUUCCUCCCAAUCACAUGGCAGCCGGCUCUCGGUCCACUCGGUGAAGGAGCUUCGGCGGAAGUAUACCAAUCUACGAUUUACAAGUCGCUCGCGCUAGCGUUCAAAGACUCAACGGCCAAAAAGACCGGCAAACGUAGGAUCGGAUUUAAGGAUAUUAUGAGGGAGAUACUUAUUGUUCGAGCGCCGUAUAUUCGCAAGUCUCCAAACAUAAUUGACCUUCUCGGCAUCACCUGGAACCAGGAUCCAUCCGAAAAUCAGGUUUGGCCAGUUUUGGUGUACAGAAAAGGCACGUACGGGACUCUGCGUGACUAUAUAUGCAACCCUCAGCGGAUGAAGGAAACCUUACGGGAACGACUGACCCUCUGUUCUGGUGUUUUGUACGGACUCGCCACGUUACAUUCUGCGGGAGUUGUACAUGGCGAUUUGAAGCCCGAAAACAUCAUUAUUCAGAUGCAUGGCAAUUACCUAUAUCCCGCUAUAUCAGACUUUGGGUUUUCUUCCAUCUCGAAUUACGAUGAUGCUCUGAUACAAAUACCCUGCUCGCCUCCGUGGACUGCUCCGGAACACCAUGUGAACAAGCAUUCAUUCGAGAAGGCAAAGCAGAUGGAUGUAUUCUCCUGGGGGCUCAUCUUGCUGUGGGCAAUAUUGGCAAGAGUGAAAUUAUCAGACCUGAGCUAUAAGGCUCAGCUAGAUGUCCUUUCGGCUCUCAAGUCGGAGCAUAAACUCAUAGAGACAGCCAGAUCUACGCUUGACCAAGUUUUUGCAUCACCCGCAUUGGAACCUGAUGAUCGAGAGGUUGGCGGCCAACUUUUCCGUAUACUGGAGCGCUGCUUACAACACGAUCCACAACUACGUGCUAAAACAGCAUGUGAAGUGCUCAGCAUCUGCCCAGAGCCCUUAGACGGCGAACUUUUGUAUGUUCCAGCCUUCCAACCGCAGGACGAGAAGGACCUUUGUUUGCCAACGCAUACCUCUUUCACUGUCCAGAAGUCGAUCUCGCAACUGUCUACAGUAGACUAUAGAGUCCGAAAGUUCAUUUUGGACGAGCUGUCACGCAGAACAGAGUACGCCUGUGAUAUCUGUAGAGAACGGGCAAGAUACGAAUCAGUCGUGGCAUUGAAACUAGGUUUCGGCGGACACUCUAUCCAUAGGAUUCACUUCGACAACUUGAUAUUCUCCGCCACCGAUGAUGGCACAGACCCAUACUGCAGCCGUGCACUCCAGACUAUACGAGAUAUAGCAACUUCUUCUAGUGUCAAAUUGUCAUUGCCAACCCUUGAAUCCAACUCUGAGAUGCAAAACCUCGAGGACCUGGUACAGGCAGACCUUGUGCACGAGUAUCAGAGAAGACAAGAGUUGGAAAUUGCGGUCGAGUUUUAUAACAAAGAGAUUGAGAUACGAGGUGCUCGGCUUGGCGAAGAUCAUUCGCUAGUUCUAGUUCUUCAGAGCGCUCUAUUGCUAGUCUAUGAGGCCUGCGGCAACUUAUUUGCAUCUCAAGAAAUUUCCAAAGCAAUAUAUUUGUCAUUGGAUGGUAGCUUGGGACCCAAUCAUCCAUCCACACUACAGGCAAUGGCCCAGUAUGCCCUCCAAAGCGUCAACGCUGGGCAACCGAGCCUCGCCAUCUCCCUUGGGGAAGAGUUUGUGAGGAGGGGUGAGAAGACCUUCGAUCAUACAGACAAAAUAUAUAUCACGGGAAUUUCCAAUCUCGGCCUAGCAUACUUCUAUCUGGAGCUCUAUUCAGAAGCCGAGACGGCAUUUGAGACAGCCCUUGAACACCAUGGAGCCGCUCCCGGCUCUAAUCAAAUGGACGGUUCGAAAAUACAGAUCAAUCUUGCGCAUGCAAUAAAAGCCCAGGGCCAGGGUCGAAUUCGGGAAGCUGAACAGCUCUUGGUCGAAGCCUCAUCCCAAUUGGAAAAGAAUCUUGGCUAUCGGCACAGAGACACUAUUUCGAGUAUGGCAGCCCGUGCGCUUUCAUGGUAUGCCGGCCCAGGAAUGCCUAACAGUGACGUGGUCCAGUUCCAUGAUAUCGUCACAGUAACCAAAGAAUUCUUGGGCUCACAGCAUCCUGACACAUUGUUGAUAAUAGCGAACUAUGCUGCUUGCCUGUCACGCUCUGGCUCUUGGGUUGAGGCAAAAACAUUGUAUGAGGAAGUCUUAGAGGCUCUACAAGAUGUUCCAAGCGAUACUCAGCUGCAACACGCAAAUGUCAUGGCUAGCUUCGCUGCUGGGUGCUCCGAAAAUGGUGAGCUUGACAAAGCUGAGGAAUUGAUCCUCCAUGUACUCUCUAUUCUCAGGGGUGGGCUAUCACCGUUAGGACCAAGGUCCAUUUUAGCUCAACAUGCUUUGGCUACCUUGAUGAAUGUUUAUCGUCGCCGUGAGGACAUGGUGAAAGCCGAAAUGUUACUUAUGGUCAUCUGGGAAAGUAUCAAGGGUGGCUUAGGCGACGCGCUGGCUGACAGGAAUGUCCUGAUCAACGUGAGAAACAUUGCAGUUUCUUGCCUAGACAGAGGCCACCGACUGCCUGAGGCGCGCGACCUGCUAUUGGAGUUGCUAGAAAUCAUAACAAGGUGCAACGGACCGAAGCAUGUAGACACAAUUGUCACUCGAAAUGAGGUUGCUGAAAGCUUUCGUCGGCAGCGUCUGUAUUCUAAAGCCGAGAAAAUGCACUUGGAAACGCUCAAGAUAUGUCAGGAGGAGUUUGACCCUCACUAUCCUAUGACACUUGCGGUCAUGUCAAAUCUGGCAAUGAUAUAUUACUGGCAGCUAAAGGAAGAGCAAGCUGCAGACCUAAUGUAUCAGGUGUAUCUCGCGGAGGCCGAAGCGCUUGGUCCGAGCCACGAUGACACUGUUAGCUCUGCGGGAUGGGUCGUAUGCUUGCGUCGAUAUUACGGCGCUGAUUGUAGUCCGGAUAUGUUUCCUGGAGUCUUCGACUCACACAAAAGGGUUGAGGGUACGGAUCGAGAUUCCAUUGAGGCUAAGCUCACCCUCGCAGCCGCCUACGAAAGGCUUGAGCACGUGGACGAAGCACUAGAAAUUGUACAAGGAGCGGUCAGAGCUUGCAAGAGGAGAUUCGGCGACACGGACCUGUUGACCUUGAAGGCAUGGACAAGACUUGCUGACACUUUGCACACUGCCUUUUUGAAUUCAGCCUCUUCUUCUCAGCUAGAAAGAGCAAAGGAUAUCGCUACCUUUGUUUUUGAAGAGUACCGUAAGAUCCAUGGAGAGUAUCAUGAAGAUACCGCUGAAGCAGAGACGCUCCUCGGCUUUAUUUUGCGGGACAAAGAAUUGUACGCUGAAGCCGAACUUCACUAUAAACACGCGUUGCUUGCAGCCGAAAUGUCAUCGGGAGAAAAUGUGUAUUCAAUCAUCGGUAGAUUGAUGGAUUUGCUUAGAUUAUAUGAGAAACAGGGUGGAGAGGAAUCGGCUCGAAUCAUAUCAGACCGGAUCACAAAUUUGAAGAAGGAAAUGGACCAAAACCGGACCCUUCAUGUCAAUCCGGAAGGUACAAACCUAGUGGCCAGGGCACACUCGCCAAGUGGCUUCAGGAUUCUAUCCUCAAAAGCCGACGCAUAG